CCGUGUUUGCGUUUCUUUAACUAUGAAGUAACUGUGCAAAUCCACCUUAAGUAAUAACAGGGCUGAGCGGCUGUGAGAGGAAGGGGAGGGAUCAGCAGUUGUGCGCUGGUGCAUGAGUGAGAGGGUUACAGGAACUGUGUUGGGGAUAUUGACUGUUUUACUGUAACGGGGUGAUUUGGCAGUGUAGCCGCACUACAUUCUUACUGAUAUAUGUGGUUAGAAGUGUCUGGAGUAGGCCAGCAGCAGCACAACCUAGAGGGAAGAGCUUGUGCUGGAAUCGGCUGAGGACCACACCCCCUGCUGGCGAUAUACAGCCAGGAGAGAAGAAGGGACUUCCUGCACUCACUUUAGGGGUACCGUGGGCAAAGGGGCUGAUACACUGAGACAUCAGGGGACAGCAAGGUGCCUGACAUAAUCAUUGAGGACAUUAAACAACUAACGUCUGUUAAAGUCAGAGAUGUGAUACAAAUGCUGGGUGACAGACGCAGAGACCCCAUCAUAACUUAUGGAAUACGGUUCAUUUAAACACUGAGUGACCGCUAAGAACACUUUCAUUUGCUGCAAGAGACAGUAAGGGAUGGUAACUGGUCGCUCCAAGAGACCGCCGAAGAAGUGACAUUCUUUGGGGACGCUGAUCUUCAGGGCAGCUCUCAUGGAAUAAUGUAAUGGCUUGCCUCACCAUGACUGAAAUGGAUGAACCUACAGCCCCAGCUGUUCCGUCUGAGGGAGAAGUCAACUUGAACUCAACUACUUCAAAGCCAAGUGAAUCAGGAUUUUGUAUUUACCUGUAUUAUGCUGCUGGGAAAUCUGAUGGGCAUAAUCUAGUAUUGCCACCAGGAGAGUAUGUUGCUGAAGAGAUCUGUGUUACAGCUUCUAAAGCAUGUGGGGUUACGCCUGUGUACUAUGGGUUGUUUGCACUAAUGAAUGAGUCGGAUAGAAUGUGGAUUCCACCUAACCACCACUUCGUUGUAGAAGAAUCUACCAGACAAAAGCUUAUGUUUCGAAUAAGGUUUUAUUUUCCUCACUGGUACUGCAAUGGAAACAGUAGAGCCUUUCGACAUGGAGGUACAAAGGGCUCGGAGAGCCCUAUACUAGAUGACUAUGUCAUGUCUUAUUUGUUUGCUCAGUGGCGAUAUGAUUUUAUUAAUGACUGGAUACCUGUAGCUAUCACACAUGAAACUCAAGAAGAGUGUCUGGGAAUGGCUGUUCUAGACAUGAUGCGCAUGGCCAGUGAAAAGGGGCAAACUCCACUAGAUAUUUACAAUGCUGUCAGCUACAAGACAUUUUUGCCCAAGUGUAUUCGUGCAAAAAUUCAGGACUACCAUAUUUUAACACGCAAGAGAAUAAGAUACAGAUUCCGCAGGUUUAUACAGCAGUUUAGCCAAUGCAAAGCUACUGCCAGAGACUUAAAACUCAAGUAUCUCAUAAACCUUGAAGCUCUACAGCCUGCAUUCUAUCCUGAGCACUUUGAGGUAAAGGAACCCUGCAUGGAUAAUACAGAAGAUCAUUUUGCAACCAUUGUAGUAACUGCAAACAAUGGCAUUCAGAUGUUAAGAGGGAAACACAAAGACAAAAGUGCUUUAACUGAUGAGGAUUUACAGACCUACUGUGAUUUUCAGGAGAUUAUUGACAUCAGCAUCAAACAAGCAAGCAGAGAUGAUUCUUCUGAAAGUAUUGUUGUUACCAUCAACAAAGAGGUCAAUAAAACUCUGGAAGUUGAAUUUGGCUCUUUAAAAGAAGCCCUCUCCUUUGUGUCACUUACUGACGGUUAUUACAGACUGACCUCAGAUGCCCACCAUUAUCUGUGCAAAGAAGUGGUGCCUCCCAGGAUACUAGAAAACAUUCAAAGCUACUGCCAUGGCCCUGUUUCGAUGGAGUUUGCGAUUAAUAAGCUAAAAAGGGCUGGUGGCCAGAAAGGACUCUUCAUUCUUCGAUGCAGCCCUAAAGAAUUUAAUAAAUACUUUUUGACAUUCUCCAUUGAGCGUGAAGGUACUACUGAAUACAAGCACUGCUUAAUAACAAAAAAUGUGAAUGGAGAAUAUAAUCUUAGUGGAGCCAAGAAAAGUUUCAGUACUCUCAAGGAUUUGCUAAACUGCUAUCAGAAAGAAACUGUUCGUUCGGAUGGGAUUGUAUUUCAAUUUAGCAGAUGUUGCCCACCAAAACCAAGAGAUAAAUCAAAUCUUAUCAUCUUCAGAAGCAACAGAGAUUCUGAGAUCUCUGCGUCUCCCACGAUGCAGAGGCACAAUAACAUCAAUCAGAUGGUGUUUCAUAAAAUUAGAAAUGAAGAUUUGCUCACAGAAGAGAGUCUUGGGCAGGGUACUUUUACUAAGAUAUACAAAGGUAAACGAAUAGAAGUGGAUGAUUAUAACAAGGAGCACAGAACAGAUGUACUUCUCAAGGUCUUGGAUGUAUCUCAUAGGAACUUUUCUGAGUCAUUCUUUGAGGCAGCAAGUAUGAUGAGCCAGCUCUCAUACAGGCAUUUAAUUUUAAACUAUGGUGUCUGUGUAGGUCGAGAAGAGAGCAUUCUUGUCCAAGAAUACGCACGAUUUGGGUCACUGGACACAUACAUGAAGAAAAACAAAAACUCAAUAACUAUUAUGUGGAAACUUGAAAUUUCAAAACAGCUGGCAUGGGCUAUGCAUUAUCUUGAAGAACGCAACAUUGCACAUGGGAAUGUGUGCUCUAAAAACAUCCUACUUAUCAGAGAGGAAGACCGGAAGUCUGGAAACCCUGCUUUUAUCAAGGUCAGCGACCCCGGAAUCGGUAUUACCGUCUUGCCUAAAGAAAUUCUCAUAGAGCGAAUUCCUUGGGUUCCACCUGAGUGUAUUGAGAAUUCAAAGCAUCUCACGACAGCAUCAGAUAAAUGGAGCUUUGGCACCACCUUAUGGGAAAUACUCAGCGGUGGAGAUAAACCCCUUAAUGCUCUAGAUUCUCAAAGAAAGCUACAAUUUUAUGAAGACAGACAUCAGCUUCCUGCGCUAAAAUGGAUCGAGCUUGCAAAUUUGAUAAAUAGCUGCAUGGACUAUGAGCCCGAUUUUCGGCCUUCAUUUAGGGCUAUAAUAAGGGAGCUUAAUAGCUUAUUCACUCCAGAUUAUGAACUCUUGACAGAGGAUGACUUACUUCCCAAUAAUAAAAUUGGGGCUUUUGGUUUCUCUGGAGCUUUUGAAGACAGGGAUCCAACACACUUUGAAGAAAGACAUCUUAAGCUCUUACAGCAACUUGGCAAGGGUAAUUUUGGAAGUGUGGAGUUAUGUCGUUAUGACCCUCUGCAAGACAACACAGGGGAAGUUGUGGCUGUUAAAAAGCUGCAGCACACUACAGAAGAGUACCUGAGGGAUUUCGAAAGGGAAAUUGAAAUCCUUAAAUCACUCCAGCAUGACAAUAUAGUCCGAUACAAAGGAGUGUGCUACAGUGCAGGACGUAAAAAUCUAAGACUGAUCAUGGAAUACUUGCCCUAUGGAAGUUUAAAAGACUAUCUACAAAAGCACAAGGAAAGACUGGACUUCAGAAAGCUUUUGCUAUAUGCUGUACAAAUUUGCAAGGGCAUGGAGUACCUUACCGUUAAAAGGUACAUUCAUAGGGAUUUGGCAACAAGGAAUGUUUUGGUUGAGAAUGAAAACAGAGUCAAAAUUGGUGAUUUUGGUUUGACAAAAGUAUUGCCUCAAGACAAAGAAUACUACAAAGUUAAAGAACCAGGGGAAAGUCCAAUAUUCUGGUACGCCCUAGAAUCUCUAUCAGAGAGCAAGUUUUCUGUGGCUUCGGAUGUCUGGAGUUUUGGUGUUGUCCUCUAUGAACUAUUCACAUACAGUGAUAAAAGUAAAAGCCCUCCUUCGGAGUUUAUGAGGAUGAUUGGCAACGAUAAACAAGGACAGAUGAUUGUAUAUCAUUUGACUGAGCUCCUCAAGAAAAAUGGAAGACUACCACAACCAGAAGGGUGUCCUAAUGAGAUCUAUGCCAUCAUGACACAAUGUUGGAAUAAUAAUGUUGACCAACGUCCCUCUUUUAAAGAUCUUUCUGUUCAAGUUGACCUUGUCAGGGAAUCCAUGGGUAAUUAAGGUCUGCAUGGUUGUAUGGACUUGGACUUCCCAAAAGUUACCAGUGGAAAAAGUGUAAUUGACUCCUAACGCCUACAAGAUGUAUUUAUUAAUGGAACAUAGUGGAAAGAGCAUUCUUUUUCCCAAUCUAAAUAUACUUGUUGAGGAGCCGAUUUGCUGGUUUAGCAGGAUAUGAAGACAUGAAGCAAUGAUAUUUUUCUUAACAUAGUGAGAAGAUAAAUUGUACAGUGAUGGCACAGCCAUGUUUUUUUUUGCCUUAUGUAGGCAGUAUGAACUAAACUGCUCUUUUUUUGUAUUACUGGGUUAUGUAUUUUCACAUUUUGUUUUCUAUGUGUACACCAUGUUUGUACAGUUAGCGUGAAACAAUGAAUGACAUUAUCAGUUUCAUCUUUAUGUUUUUAAAGGGCUUCUGUUCAAUGGUACGUAAAUAUACGUUUGAGUCUACGUAAAUAUACGUGUGCGCAUGUGUGUAUGUAUGCAUUUUCUAUGUUUUGUACAUUUGCAACAAAACAAUAGUGAAUAUAAAUAUAUUUUAUUAAAAAAGCUAUUUGCCUUCAAAAAUAAGUAUCAAGUAGACUGCAGUGUAUGAUGGGUAAACUAACUGCUUGCUGUGCAUUAUGUGAACACGUUACAAGAUAAAGGGAUCACAUUUUGACAUAUUAGUAAAUAGCUCCCAAUGCACAUUUAAAGGGAUACGUUGCGCAUAUCCUAAAUCACUUGAAUGGUGAUGCAGCAUAUCUGUAAAAAGCCGACUAGAAAAUAUCACCUUAACAUCACUAUGUAAAAAAGGAAGAUAUUUUGCUUCAAAAUCUCUUCUCUUUAGAGAGUAAGUGCUCUGUGAGUAAUUAUUCUUCAGCUACUCUCUUUACUGUGCUCUGCAUGAUUGUGGAGAUCAAAUUUUGCUUUACUGUGAUCUUGCGGGAUUUCACCAUAAUCACAAAAGAUUUCAUAGUAAACUAAUUUAAACCUAAGAGGGAAAUACAGUGAAUAUGCAUGCACAUGCCACACUCCAAUGCAAGUCCUGGAACAAGCAUCCUGAUUAGAUGGUUAACAUGCUUUUACAAAGAGAUGUGGCUACUGAUGAAAUUUUGAGGUAAAAAUAUUUUCCUUUUUACAAAGCCAUGUUUGUGAUAUUUUAUAGUCCGCUUUUUUCAUCACAAAGUAAUUUUAGCAUAUGAGUAACAUGUCCCUUUUAAUUUCUUUAAUGGAUACAGUGCAUUUGUUAAUCUACUUUGUUGGUAACCAGUUAUUUAAAGAGAUACUAAACCCAAACGUUUUCAUGAUUCAGAUAGAGCAUGCAAUUUUAAGUAACUUUUUAAUUUACUCCUAUUAUCAAUUUUUGGUUUAACACCUGGGUUGCACUUGCUGAUUUCUGGCUAAAUGUAGCCACCAAUCCGCAAGUGCUAUCUAGGGUUCUGAACCAAAAAUGGGCCGGCUCCUUAGCUUAGAUUCCUGCUUUUUCAAAUAAAGAUAGGAAGAGAACGAAGAAAAUUUGAUAAUAGGAGUAAAUAAGAAAGUUGCUUAAAAUGACAUGCUCUAUCUGAAUCAUAAAAAAAUAAUAGGGUUUAGUAUCCCUUUAAGUAAAAUUUACUUGGCUGAUUUAACAUUGUUCUAAGGAUAGCUAAAAAUAAUUUUGCUACAUAUUUGUGAGAUAUAUGUACAAUUGCCACAUCAUGAAAAUAUGAUGUUCUGACAUCUCAAUAUUGUCUGCUUUUGACAGACACUUUUGAAGUUUGCAAGUUCCAUGCUUGCUCAGGCUACAAGUUUGGCCUUUUCACAUUUUCUUUCCUUUUUUCCCCUUAUUUUUGUUUUAUUCAUUUAAGGGUUUCCCAGAAUAAUAUUUUUUAGUUUUUUGUUUUUGUUCUUUUGAUUUUUUUUUUUUUUUUUUUAAACAAUUUCCCUUUGGGUGAAUCUAAAUAAAAUCACAGAGUGGUUUCAGAACUGGUAAGUUGAAUGAUGCUUUGUGCCUUAUGGAAAAUCUCUAUCACUCAUAUUUUGAAUCAAACAUUACCAUUAUAACAAUUGAAAUUAAACUAAUAGGCAAAUUUGUUAUCAUCACUAUUAAAGUUUGUUACAUGAAUCUGGCUUUUUGUUUAAACAUUGUGGGCAGGAGAAUUGAAUGUCUUACUAUAUGAAAUGUUGUGAAGGAAUUCCAUUCAGUUACAUAUUUUAGGGCAAAGAGUAAGCUUAGGAAAGGUAGAAAAUUGCUGUAAGCCAAGAUGCUGCUCUAGAAGACAAAAAGAGAGGGGAGAAAAAGAAAGAAAAAUUUAACAGAAUUAUUUAAAAUCUUUGAAUAUUGCAUUGCAACCACCAUUGAUAGCAAUAAAUAACUACCUCUUUAGCCAUUUGUUUAUUAGGAGAAGUGACACAAUAUUUUUUGUUACAUUUGAUACUUUUUCACCACGUAAAGAUGACAAACAAAUGUAUUGACGUUGUAACCUUUUUUUUUUUUUAUCUUAUUGGUGAUAGCACAACAGUUAGUUAUAAUUUGUGAUUUUUUUGUUUUUUACCUGCUGUAAAAUUACAAUAAUUUUAACCCUUACCCCUUCCAUAGUCAGUUCAAUGUUCUUUUUCUUUGGAGAGUUAGAUGGUAUUUUUGGAGUUCUUACUUAUUUUUUGCACCAUAAUGAAAUGGAAGAGAUCCCUUCUAGUUGUGAUUCAUGGGCAAGACUUUCCAGAUUCGUCCAUCAUUUAUCUUCAAGGGUUAGAGAUUUCAUAUUUCUGGUCACAUACUUUCUCCACCAGACCAAAUGUGACCUUUCUCCACCCCAGAUAAACAUUGGCCAACCUUGGGCAUAUACGAUUUCUGCUUACUGAUAAAUCUUUUUUAUAGGGUUUUACAAAUAUUUGUUACAUUAUAUGGUAAGAGGGGGGGGGGAGUAAAAUAAAUGUAGUUUAUAAAAACUGGUCAACCAGCGGUUACAAGAAGCUGUUAUGUACAAAAACAAAAAAUCAAAAUGAGUAAGUAAAUGCCUUCUUAUCCAUUUGUUUUAAGAAUUGUAUACUGAAUAAGGAUUGUAUUACUGAUUUCUCCCAUAAGGUGGACAGUUUACUACUUUUUCAAGUAAGGUUGUUAAAGGGAUACUGAACCCACAUUUUUUUUAUUUCGUGAUUCAGAUAGAGCAUGUAAUUUUAAGCAACUUGCUAAUUUACUCCUAUUAUCAAUUUGUACUCAUUCUCUUGGUAUCUUUAUUUGAAAAAGCAGAAAUGUAAGCUUAUAAACCGACCCAUCUUUGGUUCAGCACCUGGGUAGCACUUGCUGAUUGGUGGCUAAAAUCAGCAAGCACUAUCCAGGUGCUGAUUCAAACUGGGUUCAGUUUCCCUUUGAGACUUGUUUUUUAUUCAAUACCAAGGUUCAUUUGCAUUACAAUAUAAAUGCUGCAUUAUGAAAAGUGUUAAGUAUACAGUACUAAAAAAACCUGACCCACAGACAUAAAAAUCCAAGGCCUUUUUUUGUUUUCAGUUUUGUUUUAAAUCUUGCCAGCUAAGCCUAUUUUUUAAGAAGUAACUGAACCGAAAACCCAAAGCUGGAAAUGUAACAUUUUUAGUUGGAUAUAAGACUCCUCUUCCUGUCACUGAUUUGCUUAGCUUGUUCUGUCUUCUAGGCAGAGAGCCUUGGCCUGAGUCUAAGGGCCCAAUUAUCUAAAGGUCUCUGGGCUUUAUUUAUUUAAGAAUACUCGCUAGUACUUCUAUUUCCCUGUUGGAAUUAUCGAAAGCCACAUGGUGUCUCACUACGGGUUGUGACAGAAAGUCUGGUUUGGUGAUAGAGGUAGUAUAUAUUAGACCAAGUUUAAUAAAUUUCACUUUACCAUUUUGCUAAGAAACCCCAGGGAAGUGAUUAGUGUUUUUUUAGUUGUGAAUAUUUUACAGCUGUUAAAACUCAGGUGUGGCUCAUGAUUACUGCUCCUAGGGUUUAAAAGGGAAGCAUUUCUCUAGCUAAGUAGAUUACAGCCAGACAAGGAGGUCUGAUAUGUUGUGUGAUGAAAAAUAUCAUGUACUAAAAGUUUUGCUGGAUUUCUGUUUGCUGUUACAUUCUGUAAAGGACAUUUGUGUUGCUGCAGACAGAGAUUUGCUGUUUUGGAAACUUGUGCAGAGACUGAAUCCUCUCCUAUUUGCCAGAACUCUACAAGAACUGGUAAGACUGUUCAAGGGGGAAGGGGGGUGAGAAACCAGCAGUUAUAUUUUUGCCUUACCUGUGAACAAACUGUAUGCUGCUGUUAAAGUCGCCUUGGUGUUUUGGAAGAAAGUAAAGUUUUGAAAACUUUAACUACAUUGUCCUCUAUUGCAUUUAAACCCUAGAAGACAGUGGUUUCCAAAGAUUCUUGUUACAUACGGUGGAGAAGGCGGGCCGCGCCACAUUUUAUGUCGGGUUUUAUAAUUUCCAAGCAAAAUGGAGGAAGUUAUUAAAGCACUGAUUCAGUCUACCACUGUGCAACAGGAGGCCAAUAGAAAAGCUGCUGAAACCGGAGACGGAGAACGCUAUGAUUAUGGCAAAAACACAGAAAGAGAGUACUGAAGUGAUGGUGCAACAGAUGGUCACAUUUCAAGCAGAAACAUUCAGGAAGGUUUGUGAGGAACAGCAGAAAGCCACAUGCACCUUGCGGCAAGAGAUUCAAACUAUAUCUGAGAGACUGAACUCUGAUCCUGCUGGUGGCUGUCAAGGCUCUAAAAUUAUACGAGCUAGUCACUAUAUUCAAAAGAUGUCUGCAGCAUACGAUGUUGAGGACUACCUUCUUGCUUUUGAGAGAACAGUGGAAAGAGAAGGAUGGCCAGCAACUGGGUGGGCGAGCAUACUUGCUCCUUUUUUAAGUGGAGAACCUCAAAAGGCCUACUAUGACCUAGAGCCGGAGCAAGCCAGUAACUAUGACAAGCUGAAGGCUGAGAUCCUGGCAUGCCUUGGAGUGACUGCUACAGUACGUGCUUAAAGAUUCCACUCUUGGAGAUUUGCAUCUGAUAAAGCUGCAAGAUUACAGAUGUUUGACCUCAUUCACCUUGCCAGGAAAUGGCUGCAACCAGAGGUUAACUCCACUAAUAAGAUUGUGGAGUAAUUGGUGAGAGAUCACUUUCAACGAGGAUUACCUGCUUCCCUGUGUCGAUGGGUCAGUUAGCGUGACCCUCAAACUGCAGACCAACUGAUUGCUUUAGUGGAAAGGUAUAUUGCGGCAGGAGAAGUUUUGCAUCUACCUCCAGCAGAUUUACCCUCCUCUCCUAUUUGCCAGAACUCUACAAGAACUGGUAAGACUGUUCAAGGGGGAAGGGGGGGGGGUGAGAAACCAGCAGUUAUAUUUGCAAGAUACAAGGGACACUCUUCUGGGAGAUAGAGUAACAUUUAAAUAUAACCAACCUGGAAGGAAAUCUAAUUAUAGUAUUAAAUGUUUUAAGUGUAAUGAGGUUGGUCAUGUUGCCAGGGACUGUGCUCUUAAAGAUGAACUGAUAGAUUAUAGUACAAGUGAUAAUACAGGGCCGCACUCAUUUCUGUCUAACUGUAUUCAUCCUGAUAAUAGUGAUGUCUCUCACAUGUGUUUGGUGACUGUAAAUGGUAGAAUGUGUAAAGCAUUACUUGAUUCAGUUAGUAUGGUUACAUUAGUGGCAACAUUUCCAGUACCUGAUGUGACCUAGAUCAUUUGCAUAAAAUGGGUAUUCUUUGUGUUCAUGGUGAUAAACGUGAACAUGCUACAGCUGAUGUAAAUUUUGAAACACAAUAUGGUCCUUUAAAACAUCGGGUAGGUGUAGUACCCAAUUUAGAUCAUGAGGUGGUGAUAGGAAGAGAUUUUCCUAAGUUUUUAGAAUUAUGGGCUUUAAUAGUAAAUUCAGCUAAGGAUUCCAAAGGGAAUGACACAAUUGAGUAUUUUGUGUUUCCUUUUUCUGAAAUUGAUUUGGAAGAAAACAGUUAAAGUAAAACUUAUUGCCCUAUGCCUGUAUUGAUAGACCAGCCUAUCCAGAAUAAUGAGCCGGGUGUUAGUACAGAAAACAGUGAGGAUUUAAUAGAUUUGGAGGUUAAUUGUGGUAAUUUUAAAAGUGCCCAAUGGGAGGAUCCCACUUUGGCAGAAGCAAGAAAUAAUAUCCGGGUUGUAAAUUGUGUUAUUUCACAGCCAGGAAAUCCAUUACCUUAUCCUCACUUUGAAGUAAAUAAUAACCUGCUAUACAAAGUAGACAAAAAGGGCACAGAUAUUGUUAAACAGUUUUUGGUACCUCAAGUUUUUCAUAAUACAGUGUUAAAUCUUGCACAUAGUCACAUACUAGGGGGCAACCUGGGAAUGGAUAAGACUAAAGAAAGGUUUCUUAGAAGGUUUUACUGGCCAGGUGUGUUUAAGGCGGUUAAUAAUUAUUGCUCUUUAUUUCCCAAGUGCCAGAUAACUGCUCCCACUAAGGAUUUUCGUAAUCCAUUAGUGCCUUUGCCAAUCAUUGAUGCGCCAUUCAAAAGAAUUGCUAUGGACUUGAUAGGUCCACUGGUGAAUCUUCCAGAGGACACCAGUAUAUACUGGUUGUACUGGAUUAUGCAACCCGCUAUCCUGAGGCAGUACCCCUACGUAAUAGUUCUGCAAAAUUUAUAGCAAAGGAACUUAUGCUUAUGUUUAGUAGAGUGGGUAUACUUAAGGAAAUUUUGACAGAUCAAUGGAAUCCUUUUAUGUCUAAGGUUACAAAAGUAUUGUGUAAACUGCUCCAUAUUAAGCACCUGACAACUUCAGUAUAUCACCCUCAAACUGAUGGGCUGGUAGAGAGUUUCAAUAAGACCCUAAAGAGUAUGUUACAGAAGGCAAUUGAUGUGGAUGGAAAAAAUUGGGACCUUUUAUUGCCUUAUUUAAUGUUUUCUAUCAGGGAAGUGCCUCAGGCCUCCACAGGGUUUUCACCUUUUGAACUUUUAUAUGGUCGACAUCCACAAGGGUUACUUGAUAUUGUUAGAGACAUGGGAACAGGAAACUACACCCUAUAGAAGUGUUAUUGAGCAUAUAUCUCCCUUAUAUUGUUUCCAUUGUUGUACUUAAAAAAUCUACUAAAGUCGAUAUCCUGUACAAGGUGUUUAGGGAAAUAAAAAUGAUUAGCCCCUGCCUUCCAUUGACGUAUACCGUCUAUAGCUAGACCAGUUAUCGCAUAGUCAGGGAUAAUUAUGUCUUCUAUAGUAGGUUUUAAAUCGAGAGACAGCAUUGUUUCAUUUAUUAGAAAAAGAUCUAUACGGGACAUUACUUUGUGUGUUUUAGACACACAUGUAAAAGCUUUUAUGUCAGGAAUUUUUUAUUUGCCAUAUGUCGAACAGAUUCAAUGUGUUACGGAAAGCGCCAAAUAGUCUUCAGGUUUUCUGCCUAUAGGACCUUUACCAGUUCUAAUUCUAUCUAUCCCCGGGGUAGUUGUCAUAUUAAAAUCACCAGCAAUAAUCACGUUCUUAUUUAUGUAAGGUAAAAGCUUAAUGUAUAGUUUAUCCCAAAACCCUGGGUCUAAUUCAUUUGGACCAUAUACAUUACAAAUGACUAAAGAAGUAUCUCCGUAUUCUAAUUCUACUAUAAUAAAUCUCCCCCCUGGAUACCGUUCCUGGAUUAAAAUCUUAUAACUGACAUUUUUUUGAAAAUAAUAAUGCUACCCCUCUCUUGCGUUUAGGACCAGGGGCAGAAAUUAUUUAUCCUACCCAUUUACUCUUAAGUUUUCUCAUCUCAUCAUCCUGCAAAUGGGUCUCCUGUAGGAGAGCAAUAUCUGGAUUGUUUGUUUUUUUAAUAACUUUAAGAUUAGAACAUAUAUCUCAAAUGCUGGAUCAAAUGGAGGCUGUCAUGCCCAUAGUUAGGGAACAUAUGGGAAAAGCCCAAGAAGCACAAAAACACAGUUAUAAUCAUAAUUCUAGGGUUAGAACAUUUCAGCCUGGUGACAGGGUACUAGUUUUAGUCCCUACAGUAGAAAAUACAUUUUUGGCUACUCAGCAUGGCCCCAAUGAGAUAAUUGAAAAGGUGGGUGAUGUAAACUAUAAGGUGAGUCAGCCAGGGAGAAGAAAACCUGAGCAGGUAUAUCACAUUAAUUUACUGAAGCCCUGGAAGGAUAAGAGAUAGCUGUUACUGAGCCAGAGGUAAAUAUUUCUGAAACCCUAUUUGUGCAUCAAAAGUAAGAGGUCAAGGGCUUUAUUAGAAGGAACAGAGAGGUUUUUUCCAUGAUGCCAGGGAGAACUAACGUAAUUAAACAUGACAUAGUUACAGAACCUGGAAAAAAGUUUCCCUUAAACUCUAUAGAGUUCCUGAAGCACGUAGGGAGGCUAUUAAAUUGGAGGUGUAAAAAAAAUGUUAAAACUUGGGGUGAUUGAAGAAUCACAUAGUGAUUGGAGCAGUCCAAUUGUGUUAGUUACUAAACCGGAUGGUACUUUACGAUUUUGUAACGAUUAUCGUAAAUUAAAUUGUAUUUCAAAAUGUGAUACCUACCCAAUGCCUAGGGUUGAUGAGUUAAUAGAAAGACUAGGAAAAGCACGUUAUUUAAAGGGACAUAAUACUCAUAUGCUAAAUCACUGAUGCAGUAUAACUGCAAAAAUCUGACAGGAAAAUAUCACCUGAGCAUCUCUAUGUAAAAAAGGAAGAUAUUUUACCUCACAAUUUCCUCAGCUCAGCAGAGUAAGUUCUGUGUAAAAAAAAAUAUACUUCAGCUGUUGCUCAGCUACAGAUUAAAAAAAAAAAUAAUGAAGAAGAAAUGAACAGCAGCCAAUCAGCAUCAGCAGUGUUGAGGUCAUGAACUCUUUUACUGUGAUCUCAUGAGAUUUCACUCAACUCUCAUGAGAUUUCAUAGUAAACUUCCCUAAACUAAGUGUGCACGUAAGCUCACUCCCUUAGCUGUACCGGGACAGACAUACUGAUUUGCUGCUUAGAAGUCCUUUACAAUGGGAUGUGGCUACUGAGGAAUUUUUUGAGGUAAAAUAUCUUUCUUUUUUACAUAGAGAUGUUCAGGUGAUAUUUUCUAGUCAGCUUUUUACAUCUAUGCUGCAUCACUUUCAAGUGUUUCAACAUUUGGGUAUCAUGGCCCUUUAGCAACAAUUUAUUUAAUGAAAGGCUAUUGGCAGGUACCCCUCACUGACCAGGCAAAGGAGAAAACUGCUUUUUCAACUCCAGAUGGAUUGUUUCAGAAUACAGUUUUGCCAUUUGGGUUACAUGGUGCUCCUGCAACAUUUCAGAGUAUGAUGGAUAGAAUUCUAAAGCCCCAUGUUCGUUGUGCUGCAGCUUAUCUUGAUGAUGUAAUAAUUUAUAGUACAGAUUGGGAAUCACAUCUUCCAAAGUUUAGGCAGUUCUUGACUCCAUUUUCUCUGCUGGUUUAACUGCAAAUCCUUCAAAAUGUACUAUUGGUUUAGAGGAAGCGAAGUACUUGGGAUAUACAAUUGGGAGAGGAUUAGUUAAGCCACAGACAACUAAAAUAGAAGCCAUACAAAACUGGCCCCACCCCCUAACUAAGAAACAAGUUAGAGCUUUUUUUGGGUUUGACUGGAUAUUAUAGAAGGUUUAUUCCAGAUUUUGCUACAAUAGCUGCUCCUUUAACUGAUCUUACAAAGGCAAAAUCACCAGUGAUGGUUAAAUGGUCUACAGAAGCAGAUAAGGCUUUUAAGCAUUGGAAAGAUGCCCUGUGUGCCUAUCCAGUUUUGGUAACUCCAGAUUUUUUUAAAGAUUUUAUAAUGCAGACUGAUGCUUCUGAUGUUGGUGUGGGGGCUGUUUUUUCCCAUGUGUACAAACGGGAGGAGCAUCCUGUAUUAUUUCUUAGUAGAAAAUUAAACCAACAAGAGAAAAAUUACUCUAUUGUGGAAAAAGAAUGUUUAGCUAUUAAGUGGGCUUUAGAGUCUCUUCGGUACCAUUUGUUGGGGAGGAAAUUCAGGUUGAUUACAGAUCAUGGUCCUCUCAAAUGGAUGAGUCAGAAUAAGGAGAGGAAUGCAAGAGUGACUAGAUGGUUUCUUAGUCUGCAGCCUUUUAAUUUCAUUGUUGAGCACAGAGUAAUUCUUUUGCAGGGCAAUGUUGAUGGUCUUUCAAGGGUACACUCUUUAAUGUCUAUGGUCGGUCACUCCACCAAGUGUGAGCUGGGGGGAGGAAUUGUGAAAGAAAGUUUGGUUUGGUGAUAGAGGGAGUAUAUAUUAGACCAAGUUUAAUACAUUUCACUUUACCAUUUUGCUAAGAAACCCCAGGGAAGUGAUUAGUGUUUUUUAAUUGUGAAUACCUUACAGCUGUUAAAGACAAUUACACUCAGGUGUGGCUCAUGAUUACUCCUCCUAGGGUUUAAAAGGGAAGCAUUUCUCUAGCUAAGUAGAUUACAGCCAGGCAGGAGGCCUGAUGUGUUGUGUGGUGAGAAAUAUUAUGAACUAAAAGUUUUGCUGGAUUUCUGUUUGUGGUUACAUUCUGUAAAGGACAUUUGUGUUGCUGCAGACAAUGCAGUCAGAGAUUUGCCGUUUUGGAAGCUUGUGGAGAGACUGAAUCAUUUCCUUUUGCCUUACCUGUGAACAAACUGUAUGCUGCUGUUAAAGUCACCUUGGUGUUCUGGAAGAAAAUAAAGUUUUGAAAACUUUAA